UAAAAAAUACACGUCUUUUUCCAUUUGUUCAUUAAAAGAACAAAAAAGAGCCCACAUCUACAACGUCACAACGGUUUGCAACGUCACUACCAAAUAAUGAAAGAACGUCACAGUUCGCCAAAAUUCCACAUGGAAACGGAUGGAAAUUGGUUGGUGGCUGCAACAAGCAAGUAAAAUCUGGAAAGUCUUAAUUGGUCUUAGAAUGGAACAAUAUAAAUGGGAACAUCUUCCAGAUGUCGUAAUAAUCGAGAUAUUGAAAUAUCUAUCGGACGAAGAAAAGGUAAAAGCUGCACUAACAUGCAAAAACUGGGGACGGCUUUACUAUACCCCUUGCUUGUGGCGGAAAAGACAUUUUGAUGUUGGUGGUUACCGAGUGCAUGCCAAUGGACUGAGGGCUUGUCAAUUUGCCAGUUUACACGGGAGGCACGUGCAAAACUUGUCCCUCACGUGCACCCAUCCAUCUUAUCACACAGCCAAAAUGUUUCAGAAAACAAUGGAAGAAUUACUGUUCAAAAUGCGACACGCCAAACUGGUCGAGUUUGAGCUAGAGAGACUGGAGUUGGAACGAUUUUGGAGAUUCGAGGCAUCAAGGGAUCGUCUGAUAUCCAAUUUUGUGCGGUUUUUUCGAUAUCAAUAUCGUCUGGAAACGUUUGAUAUGACAUCAGCCCAACUUCCGUCAAACAGUGGAAUUCGCAUCUUGGAGACACUUGGUAGCAACUCAGGAGAAACCAUAAAAGAAUUAUUCUUGGAAGACUUUUUCCACUCUCGAUUAGCAAUCAUUCAAGUACCUCGAUACCUUAACUGUUUAACAUUGUUCAAAAAUGUAGAAUUCUUGGCGUUGAAUUAUAAUUGCAUUUCUGAAGAUGUCAUUGUCCUGUUUGCCAAAACUUUGCGCGGUAAACUGGACAUGAUCAAUAUAAAGGUAUGCAAGCUCGACCCCAGACAUCACAGAAUAAGUGGGGGAGCCUGGGGUAUGCUAAAACGAGCGUGUCCUAAGCUGGUAGUCUCAUUCUGGUUCGAAAACAUCGGACAAAUGCAUGAAAUCGUACCGAUCCUCUCCAAAGAAAUCCCCGUGCGUGAUUUCCAUAUUUGGACAGGGUACGACGAUGAAGCGGACUGGGUGCUGAAUGACACAAUACGUCAUCUACACGUGAACUAUAAACAUAUCAUAGAAUCUGUGUCUUUGGAGCUGGAUAAUAACCACGAAACCGUGGACGAGGAAAUCCUCGCUCUGGUGACGUCAUGUAAGCAUCUGAAGGACUUCACCCUGAAUGCCGUGAUCCUCAUCCCCACCAUUCAACAGAUCAUGGAGUUACAAAGAGAACGCAAAAUUGAUUUGAGAACGUUCCGGUUGACCGCCUGUGGCCUGUCUGAGAAUGAGUGGACAGAGCUGUCCGAGAUCCGCGACUCCUAUACCACCAUGAUAGAGCAGAGAGCGCUCGACUUUCGAUUCACCACAGAUCUAAUUGUGGAUUUUUCUUGAGAAAAAUAAUAAAUACACAAAUAAAGCAAACUAUGCACUGAGUUCACAAUUUUUUUCUUGAUUCAUUUAAUUAGUACCAGUAAUCACAUAAGAACUUUAAAAACGUUGUAGAGAUUUUUUUCUCGCAUUAUCACCGGUGUGAGAUUGGUUUGUCCGGUGUGAGACAGCAGUGUGAGAUUUUUCUGUCUUACACUGUGUAUAACUACGCUGUUUUAAAACGUAAACAAACGUUGUCUGCUGUAGGGAAAUGCAAAAUAGUGCAUUGAGAUUAUCCAUUAAGUAAUUGUGUUGCAUAAUUAAUUACAAUUUUUCAUAUUUUAAUUGAAAAAACUGUCGUAUGCUUUCAUUUAACUUGCACUAUUUGAAGCACGCGGAGGCACGCGGAGGGAUAAACCGAAAGUAAUCUUUUGAACGUCAUAACAGAAAGUUGUCAAACAUCAUUUUUUAAGCUAAUAUAAUGCGAGAAAAAUAAUCAUUCAUUAUAUACUCGUGUGGGAUAGUGAAAUUCCACCUCGGGGCCAAGAUUCACGGUCUAGGACUCGGCAAAGCCUCGUCCUAGACAGUGAAUAUUGUCCCCUCGGUGGAAUUUCACUAUCCCACACUCGUAAUAAUGAAUGAUUCUAUUAAUCUAUGUCUUUGUAAUAACUGAUACAUCUGUAUUGAAUAAUUGUUAUUUGUUACAAUAAAUCAAUAUUUUUUCAUUUAUAGCAGAUUUUUCAGAUUCAUUCCAAUUUACCUUCCAAAUUGUUAAUAAAGCGUCUGGUUAAAUGCAUUACCAAUGAUAGAAUAGCUUACAUCAUGAUUUACCAAAUUGUUUUCGAUGAUACAAGGAGAAGAAUCUGGGUUAAGAAGUAUAAUAAAUGAGAUCCCUUGUAUUUUCUUUACCUAUUUCUCCUUUACAAAUACAGUAUGCUGAGGAAAAAAUCAUUCUAAAAUGUUAGAAAUUGAUUAAAAAAUGAAACACGUGUAUAUAGUAUGAACACAUUUGGUGAAAAACUAUUUUGUAUUAAGUGGGGAAAACAUUUCCCAAACAUAUGCUGUAAAUGUUUUCCCAAACAUAUGCUGUAAUAGUAAGAGUCUGAUGUCUAAUCAAUAAUAACAUAUAACAGUACAUGACAUGUAUCUCAUGUAAACAACAAUUCAUGUACCCGGUAAAUCAAAUCCAUCUUGGCACAACUUGCAAUACAAAAUUUGAUGUAAAUCCUUGCUGUUGAUCGAUUUUUAAACAGUUUUAAAAAGAGCUACAAUAUACAUACACAAUGCAAAUUGAACAGCAAUAUACAUAUACAUGUAUAUCUGGUAUUAUAAACAGUAAUACACUUUUGUGAUCUGAAAUCUUUCAUAAAAUUUUUCAUUACAAUGACGUCUAAGUUGAACACAUGACCCAAAACAUAUUUUUACCAAGCUUUAUAAAAAAGAAAA